AUGGGACGUCCAGAGUUCAAUCGUGGAGGCAGUGGAGGAUUCCGAGGAGGACGCGGAGGUGACCGUGGAGGAGGUCGUGGUGGAUUUGGAGGCGGUGGCCGUGGAGGCUUCGGCGGAGGAGAUCGCGUUGGUUAUGGAGGAGACCGCGGAGGAUUCGGUGGAGACCGUGGCGGCUUCAGAGGAGGUCGUGGCGGGGGUGAUCGCGGAGGAUUCCGUGGUGGAAGAGGAGGUGGUGACCGUGGCGGUUUCGGAGGACGUGGAUCUCCAAGAGGUGGUUUCGGUGGACGCGGAUCCCCAAGAGGAGGACGUGGAUCUCCACGUGGUGGACGCGGUGGAGCCGGAGGAAUGCGCGGAGGAAAGACCGUUGUCGUCGAGCCACAUCGUCUCGGAGGAGUCUUCAUCGUGAAAGGAAAGGAGGAUGCCCUCGCCACCAAGAACAUGGUCGUCGGAGAAUCCGUAUACGGAGAGAAGAGAGUCUCUGUCGAUGAUGGAGCCGGUUCGAUUGAGUACCGUGUGUGGAAUCCAUUCCGUUCUAAGCUCGCCGCUUCCAUCAUGGGAGGUCUCGAGGACACACACAUCAAGCCAGGAACCAAGCUUCUCUACCUCGGAGCUGCUUCCGGAACAACAGUUUCCCAUUGCUCAGACGUUGUUGGACCAGAAGGAAUCGUCUACGCUGUCGAGUUCUCGCACAGAUCUGGACGUGAUCUUUUGGGAGUCGCCAAGAAGAGACCGAAUGUUGUUCCAAUCGUCGAGGACGCUAGGCAUCCACACAAAUAUCGCAUGCUUGUUGGAAUGGUCGAUGUCAUCUUCUCUGAUGUCGCUCAACCAGAUCAAGCUCGUAUUGUUGCCCUCAACGCACAAAACUUCCUUAAAAACGGUGGACAUGCCGUCAUCUCCAUCAAAGCUAACUGCAUUGACAGCACAGCCGAGCCAGAGGCCGUCUUCGCCGGAGAAGUCAACAAGUUGAAGGAGGAGAAGUUCAAGCCACUCGAGCAGGUCACACUGGAACCAUACGAGAGAGACCACGCUGUCGUGGUUGCUGUCUAUCGCCCAGUCAAAGGAAAGAAGAACUGA